AUGGACGUAUCAAUGGAGAAAGUCAAACAUAGAACCAAUCAUGAAAUCAUCAGAUUACAUACCUUGAUCAAGAAGGACAUUCCUUAAAAACUCAAAAAAAAUCACUUCUCUCCUCCUUCAUCGCCAUCCAUAUUGGAAGCAGUUCGAUCAAAACCACUAAUCAAAAUAGAGAGAUAACAAAGAUCGCCAGUAGUUUAACAGAUAAAUGAUCUAGAUUUUGGUUACAUGGAAGAAUUAGAAAGGAAAAAGAUGUUCAUGAUGAUUAGACUCGGUCACAUUAAGGACCCUGCUAGACUGCUUCCAGUUCAUAACUAUGACAAAAUACCAGUUCUUCCGAAAAAAAAGAAGAGAAAAAACAAUUAAACCCCAUCACCAAAGAUAUCUCCUCUCAAAGUUUCUAUGCAUAUUUCUAACGACAUAUCGCUACCUACUUUAAGCACAAGAUUACAUGAAGAUCCAUAUUAGAUGAACAGGAUCCAUAACACAACCAAGCAAAAAUUAGAUCAAAAAUAAAGGAGGCUGAAUGUAAUCAAUAAACGAAUACUAAAUAAAUUCUCUAUCGAAUGA